AUGGAUCUCCUCCAACAAGAAAAAGAAGCCACACAGUUACUGCAAAGACUAGCUGCCUCGCGUCGGGAACUCCCUAUGGUCCAAGUCUCUAACCCGGACCAAUUCAAGUUCGACACCCCGGAUGGAGAAAAGAGUCUGACAGACCUGUUUGACGGCCGCAAGCAACUGAUAAUCUAUCACUUCAUGCUCGGCCCCGGUGAACAUCGCGGGUGUGUGGGAUGUUCCUUUUGCAUGGAUCAUGUUCCAAACCUCGGCCAUCUACGGAGCCGCGACACCUCCUUUGUGGCUGUCGCGACUGCGCCGGUAUCUGAGAUCAGUACGUACAAAGAGCAGAUGGGAUGGAAGUUCCCUUUUUACAGCUCUGCCAAAACUCAUCGGGCGUGGAAGGAAGCCGAAGGAAAGGGUGAGACUAUUACUUGGAAGCCUGGAAAUGGGUAUUUCGGUUUGAGCGUUUUCAGAAAACAUGACGAUUGCGUGUUUCAUACCUAUGAUACUACAUCCCGGGGGAUGGAAAGUAUCCUGUCGACAUACCAUCUGUUGGAUAUGACGCCUAUGGGUCGGCAGGAGGUUGGGAAUGGGAUGAGCAAUUUUAGGCUUCAUGAUGAAUACUGA